CUCCUCUCAGAGUUGUUCAGACUUGAGGAGGAAUGGCGGCUCCUCGGAGUGUCCUCAUCUCUCUCUCCGCUUUAUUUCUCUCUUUUUGUUUCUGUGGAGGAUCUACGAGCUCCGGCAGCAGGAGGACCAGCCCGGAGCGGUGCGGCUUCAAGGUGCCGUCUGUAGAUGGGAGUCGCAGGUUGCCGGUCACCUUCAGAGCUGACAACUGCUCCUUGAACUAUCCUCUGGGGAAACAUGUGAUCCAUGAGGUCAUCAACGUCUCCUUCAGUCAUCUGGCCUGUGAGGACCAGGCCGCCGUGGUGGUCCACUGGGCCGCCAGCCCACUAGGAAUCGAACACAUUAAAGGUUUCAGAGUUUAUCUGGAGGAUAAAAACCCUGAAGGGAAACAGUGUCAACACCUGAUCCUCAAAGAGCCUCGACAGCUCAACUUCUCCUACAGGAACACGAAGCUGAGCAGCCAGCCGUUCAGCGGUCUGACCUUUGACACUGACUUCAUGGUUCGAGUCGUUCCUUUCCCCACUCUGAUGAACGAGAGCUUCUUCCCUCCGUCCUUCCUCAGGACCAACUCGUGUGAAGUCCUGCUGGGAUCAGACAACCUGGUCUGUAAACCCUUCUGGAAGCCGAAGACCCUGAACGUGUCUCAGCUUGGCUCAAACCUCCACGUGACCUUUGACCUGGCGCCGGCCUCCUUCGGCUUCCACUUCUACUUCCUUUACUACAAGCUGAGGCAGGACGGACCCUUCAGACAGCAGCGCUGCAAACCGGACGUGAACCAGCUCAGAACGACAUGCAUCCUGCAGGACGUCACCCCAGGGACCUACACUGUGGAGCUGAGAGACGACAGCAACACGACGAGGAGGCAGACUCAGUACCACGUCAGCCAGGUCCACUCGCCGUGGGCGGGGCCUAUCCGGGCCAUGGCCAUCACGGUUCCUCUGGUCAUCAUGUCGGCCUUCGCCACGCUCUUCACCGUCAUGUGUCGCAAGAAGCAGCAAGAAAACAUCUACAGCCAGCUGGACGAGGAGAGCAGCGAGUCGUCCAAUCACAGCGCGGCGCUGAACGCCGAGCGGCCGUGGCCCCGCCCCAAAGUCUUCAUCUGCUACUCCAACAGAGACUGUCCCAAACACACCAGCGUCAUCCAGAGCUUCGCCUACUUCCUGCAGGACUUCUGCAGCUGUGAGGUGGUGUUGGACCUGUGGGAACACCUGGAGAUGUGCAGAGAAGGUCAGAUGUCGUGGCUCAGCAGACAGCUGGACGAAGCCAACUUCAUCAUCACCGUCUGCUCCAAAGGACUCCGAUACUACGUGGAGAAGAAGAGCCGCCGAGGGAAGACGCCGGUCAGUCGCCGUGGUAACAGCAGCAGCUCUCCGGUUGGUGGAUCCGGAGGCGACGUGUUCAUCGCCGUCGUGGCGAUGAUCGCCGAGAAACUGCGUCUGGCGAAGCAGAGCGAGGGGGGCGGAGCUACGGAGCUGAACCGCUACAUGACGGUUUACUUUGAUUAUUCAACAGAAAACGACAUCCCCACCAUGUUGAGUCUGGCUCCCAGGUUUAAGCUGAUGGACCAGCUGCCUCAGCUCUUCAGCCGGCUCCACUCCAGUCAGACCAGUUUGUCGGACCGAGACUCGCAGCCCCUCAACGUCUCCAGGAGGAACUACUUCAGGAGCCGCUCCGGGCGCUCGCUCUACGUCUCCAUCUGCAACAUGCACCAGCACAUCAGCCAGAACCCCGACUGGUUCGAGAAGCAGCUGGCUCCUUCAGGGUCCUCCUCGGCCCCCUCCUCCUCCAAACACCCUGCUCCCCCCGCCGCCUCGGCUCCCAGCCCGCCUCCCAAGACCCCCGGCCCCUCCUCCUUUGACUCUGGCCUGGUGCUGAACGAGGUGGUGAUGAACUCGCCGUCCCUGGAGGGUGGGGAGGCGGCGCCCAGGAGGAACAUGCUGCUGCUGGCCCCGGGCUCCAGCCGCAGCCUCAACCAGGGCCCCAGCCACAGUCCUAGUCCCAGUCCUGGUCCCUGCCCCAGUCCUGGUCUCUGCCCCAGUCCUGGUCUCUGCCCCAGUCCUGGUCUCUGCCCUAGUCCUGGUCUCUGUCCCAGUCCUGGUCUCUGUCCCAGUCCAGGCUUGCCACACUGCUCCCUGUCCACGCUGGGACCCACUUCAAGGUCGACUUCUGGAAUAUCUGGACUCUCCCCUGAAGAGUCCUCCUCCUCCUCCUCCUCCUCCUCCUCCUCUGCUCCCUCCAUCCUGCAGGAGGUGGCGUGUGUCGACAUCACGCAGCCAGAAGAGGAGCGUCUCUCUCCUCCGGAGCUCCCGCCGCCUCGUGAUUCGGGGAUCUACGACUCGUCGGUCCCGUCCUCGGAGCUCUCCAUCCCCCUGAUGGAGGGACUGUCCCACGACCAGGCCGACUCCUCCUCCCUGGCAGACAGCGAGUCCUCCUCCUCCGGGCUGGGUGACGAGGAGCCGCCGGUGGUCACGUCGCUCCGCUGCAGCGCCGCCACCGUCUGUAAAGCUGAGCUGCACCACCACCACCACCUGGAGCACAGCGACGGACUCAAACCUGUGGCCUCGUUGUAGAGGAGGGGGGAGGGGGACCAGCCUGGUGAUGUCAUCACAGGGUCAAACAUGGACCUGAAUCCUCGUGAGGGAAAAAACUGGAAUGACUUAAGAGAGACUGGUGGUUAAUCUGUGGAUAUAACUGAGCUCUGAACCUCCUGAACAGUUCCAGAUCAGAAGUCUCGGACCCGUUCAGACUCAGAAAGGGUCUCGGUUGAUUGACAGCUGACUCCUGCAGGACUUGAUGUUCGGGCACUUUUUGAUGCAGAAAAGCAACAAACAUCUGACGGACCGAAGCAGCUUCAGAGGUUUCUGCUGAAUGCACCAACAAUGUGGCACCACUUCAUCUCGGAGGACUACUUUCUGUAUUCUUCAACAUUUAGGACAACCACGUUCACACUAACUACUUUGGGGAAAACCACAUAUGCAUCAAUGAAUGUCGUCCUUUAAAAAGUGCUAUUUUUUCAUUAGAGGUGCCUUUUUAUAUCAGGAGGAGCAUUUUUCAUUAUAAAGGAGAAACCUUUUAUCAAUAAUCAUGGGAUUUUAACAAGCACGUUUUAACUAGAGCCUGACCAAUAUGUGAUUUUUUGAGAUUGAUGCUGAUUUUAGAGGGAAAAUUCACUUAUAACCUCUAUGGGGCCGAUAUAGUCAUUCUUUGAGCUGGAAUGAAAAUAGACCUUUUUUGUGCAGAUUGCAGAAAUGUUUCCCCUCUCUGCAAAUGUAUCCAAAGAGCUACUUUCUCAAACAUAACACAUAUAAUAUUUUUUAACAUUAUUAUACAGUAUACAAACAAUGUAUGUCAUUGAAAGCCAAUUCUAGAAAUGAUAACUGAGAAAAUAAAGAAUAAACAGGAAUAAAAUAAAUGGCUAAAUAAACCUAAUUAAGAUUAAGAGCAAACACCCUUUCAAAAUCAACAUUUUCUGCAUAUACAGUCAUGGAAAAAAAUAUUAGACCCUUGUUUUCUCUCAUUUCGUGCUCAUUUUAAUGUCUGGUACAACUAAAGGUACAUUUAUUUAUAAUAUAAAAUGAUAACAAAAAUAUUUGAUAAGAGUUUAAUUUAAGAGCUGAUAUCUAGACAU